AUGGCGCACCGUCAUGGCGCACCGUCAUGGCGCAGCGUCAUGACGCACCGUCAUGGCGCACCGUCAUGGCGCAGCGUCAUGGCGCAGCGUCAUGACGCACCUUCAUGGCGCACCGUCAUGGCGCAGCGUCAUGACGCACCGUCAUGGCGCACCGUCAUGGCGCACCCCUCCCCUUCCUCCCCACCACACCAUCAUCCUCCCCUUCCUCCCCACCACACCAUCAUCCUCCCUUUCCUCCCCACCACACCAUCAUCCUCCCCUUCCUCCCCACCACACCAUCAUCCUCCCUUUCCUCCCCACCACACCAUCAUCCUCCCCUUCCUCCCCACCACACCAUCAUCCUCCCUUUCCUCCCCACCACACCAUCAUCCUCCCCUUCCUCCCCACCACACCAUCAUCCUCCCUUUCCUCCCCACCACACCAUCAUCCUCCCCUUCCUCCCCACCACACCAUCAUCCUCCCUUUCCUCCCCACCACACCAUCAUCCUCCCCUUCCUCCCCACCACACCAUCAUCCUCCCUUUCCUCCCCACCACACCAUCAUCCUCCCCUUCCUCCCCACCACACCAUCAUCCUCCCUUUCCUCCCCACCACACCAUCAUCCUCCCCUUCCUCCCCACCACACCAUCAUCCUCCCUUUCCUCCCCACCACACCAUCAUCCUCCCCUUCCUCCCCACCACACCAUCAUCCUCCCUUUCCUCCCCACCACACCAUCAUCCUCCCCUUCCUCCCCACCACACCAUCAUCCNCAACUGUGGGCACGUGUGGAUACGUGAUAAGUCAACUGUGGGCACGUGUGGAUACGUGAUAAGUCAACUGUGGGCACGUGUGGAUACGUAA